CUUUAGCACGUGGCCAUAGUCACGUGACGUUUGACAUGAUGUAAACAAACACUCGUGUGUCAAAUUUGAUGACUUGAAAAUUGCAAAAAUGAACCCGUGUUCUUCUCAUCUGCAAAAAGAAGACAUUCUUUUGCAAAUCAGGGAUAAUUUGCGUAAGAACAAUGUGAAACUUUGGCUAGAUCCGUAUUUUAGUGAGACAAGUGGUCCCUCAGUAAACACGUUAAAGAAUUUGGCCCAAAAUUACAGUCAAGACAUUAACGCUUCUGUUGAUAAUUGUUACGAGGCACUUCUCGAACUCCAAAAAAAUUCACUGGAGAAUUUAAAACAAAACAACCAUUACAAAGAAUCAGGCGAGGCAACGCUUAAAAUCAAGAUCUUGCAUCCGAAUAGCCCCCCACGAAUGCUCACGAAAGAAUUGUUAUUGUCGUUACGGGGCUCCGAUGUUAAGGAAAUUAUUGCGAAGGAAAUAAACAUGAGUCGUGAUAAAUUGAAGUUAAUUCACGCCGGGAAAGUAUUAUCCGAUUCUGAGAAUUUGAGCAGUCAAGGUGUGAAAAACGGCCAACAAAUUAUGGCAAUCACAUUUUCGGAAAUGUCUCCCGAGCUUAAAGAAACCGAAAACCAGAUCCGUGAACUGGAGGGAGUGAAAACCGACUCGCGCCUUUUAGCCCUCGAUAAUGAAUAUCUUCAAUUGGAGGAUCAGUUUGGCAAUAUUGUCAAAAUUCCUCCUGAGGAAAAACGGGCCUUAGUUGUGGCAAUGGCCUUGCAUGAGAAAGGGCGAAGCGCUUUAAAACGUGAAGAUUACUCGCGUGCUUUGAUUUUUUUUCUUGAAGCCGACGAAGAAUUCAAACGCUGUACUUCGCAAAUUUUAAAUAGUGUUGAUAAUUACGCUCUACUAGACCUCGAUAUUGCCUGGUGUUAUUUGUGUUUGCAAAGUGUUGCGAAUUUACCGGAGGCCUUUGAGAGGCUUAAAAGGUGCGAAGAGCGGUUUCAUGCCAGUUAUGGGCCGAAUUUGGAGCGGCUCAAGGCUGUAAAAGGUGUCACAGGCAAUGAGGCGACUUUGUUUAUGCGCCUCCACCUGCUCCAGGCCAUAGUUUUGUACCACAAAAACAAGCGAAAUGAGGCGUUAAAAUUACUGAAAAAGGCACAAGAGGAGCUUUCGGCCCUCAAAGUCGAGGAUGAUAGUGUUACAAUGUUGGUAGAACUGGGCUAUUCUAUGGCCGAGGCUCGGUUGGGGUUGCGAGCCACUGGCGGUGACGUUAAUAAAGCGGCCAAUUAUAUCGACGAGAAUAGAAAUCAAAGGUCGCAAGCUAGACAGAAAGCCUUGGCUGAGGAAAUUUUGCAAAGAAAAAGAAUGAAGUUGGGGAAAUGUAUUGACGGUAAACAAUACGUGGACCCCAACUUUGUUAAAAUUCUAGUCAAUAUGGGGUUUAACAAGGAGGCGGCGCGCAUUGCCUUGAAACACACCAAUAAUGUCAUUUCGGAUAGUAUUCAGUAUAUUCAAGAGCACCCACAGCCUGGUCCCAGUCAGAGCAAGAGUAUUGAAUUUUUGGCAUUGAUUAAUGAUCUAGUGCCGGAGUUGGAAGCGGCAGGGUUUGAUCCGACCAUGUCCAAGUUAGCGUUGCACAAACAUGGUGGUGAUAUUAUGAAAGCAGCUGAGGAUUUAUUGGCCAAUAACGGGAUUAUCGAUGGGGAUUGGUCCAUUUUGAAAGCUGAUUCGAGCUCGCAAGUAGUUGAUGUGGCAAAAAAAGAAAAAAAGGACGAGGCGUUCAAGCGCAUAGCUGGUGAUAUUUCCAUGGUGGAUGAUGACCAUUUAGAUCUGACUUUGGUUCAGGAAGAACUGUUCCUCAAUCAAUACUUGUCGCUCCUCGCCAAUGAUAAAUAAACCCGUUACGCAUUGUCUAUUUUUAUAGAAUUUUUAUUCGUCUUUAAUCAAAUACAAUAAAUCAAGACCCGAAUCGAAAA